GUGUGCACACACACACGCAUGCAGCCCGUAUUCGGGCCUAAUUGUUCCCUUUUGUGCCGAUAUGAAGAAAGAACAAGGUGAGAAAUCACGAGGUGAAACACCUAAAACGCGUAAAACAACACACCAACACUACCACCCCCCAAAUAAGGCAGUCUCGGGCUAUCAAGGCAAUUGUCCCGUCUUUCUGUUUUUUUGAAGUUUUUUUCCCUUUUUCCUUUCUUGCUUUUAGUCAUUCGCACAAUUACGUAUUAAUGCAGAUUGACAGUCUUUUAGCACCAGUCCAACACAAUCGACACUUUACGCUUAAAACCGAUCGGACACAAAAAGGGUUUGUGUGUGUGUGUAAUGCAGGGUAGAGUGAACAAAUGAUGGAAAGAACAGAUGUACUUCUGGUGAGCAAGCAUUACAACACAACUCAAAUUAACAAAGACGAUCAAAUACAACAAAGGAACAACACUAAUGAUUUAUUGACCGAUAUUGGGCAUUCAAUCGAACAUCUUGAAUCAAAUCACCGAAUUCGAUCAAACAUACAAUCUGAAUCAAUAAACUCCCUUUCUCCUUUAUCAUCCGAUGAACAAUUAAGUGCGGGAUCAUCUAUGUCUUUAGGAUCUUCAACAGGACAACCAACAUCAUCAACAAUGGCAGCAGCAACACAACAAAAUGCGUUCUUUCAACAUCAUCAAGUUGCUUAUUAUACUUCAACGGCAUCCACUUCAACAGCAGCAAACACAAUGAGCAAGCCAAUGAAGAAAAGAUCCCCAAGAAGAGCAAAUCAAGAAGGUCUAGGUGCUGCAAUGGGUACAAUGUUAAACAGCAAGAGUCCAGGUUUAGCAGCAAAGAUGACCACAACACAAUAUAUGGAUAUGUCACCUAUACCAGCCUCAAGGAUAUCUUAUGGAGAAAUGACAAAUGCUGCAUUACUUCAACAAACACCUUCAAAAACAUCACAAUCUUGUCAAGAAGAUGAAGAUGAAAACCUUCCACCCGGAAGUGCAAUGAAGAUUGACAGUCCCCUCUCCACACAAGAAAACUCAACGCUCAAAGUAGCAAAUGACAAAAAUGCAAGAAGGAAGGCUGGCUCAUUGGGACGCUUGUUUGGUACAGAAUUAUCACAACACUGCAGUACAGCAGACCAUGAAGGUUACAAAACAAUGCCUUUGGGAGGUCCAUCUAAUACAACGAAACAUACAAGCUUGGGAUGCGUUUUUGGUGGAGGUAUGAAUGAUACUUCUUCAAUGACAUCCAGAGCAACUCAAAAUUUGAUCACACCACAGGAUAUGUCGGUCAGCAUGGAUAGCAGUAGCUUGCUUGCUAUGGGAGAUUAUUCAAUCGAAGAUGCUUCUCCUAGCGUUCAAUGUCGCAUCCGUCAACAAAACAACUCCUCCAAACAACCUUCGCCGAAAGGGCAAAAAGCCAAAUUACCCAAAAUACACCUCCCUCCAGGCUUCGAUGAACAAGGAUCACCAGUCGUCCCUACUGCACGACCAAAUCUGUUCAGAAGGCCCAGUAAGGAUGAUAGUAGUCCUUUGGGAUACGGCAAAAAGUUCGCAAGCUUCACUGCACGAAGCGGAACGAGCGCUGCAUUAGCGAUGGGAUACAAUCUUGACACCACACAAGGAUCACCAAGAAGUCCUGCUUCUACUACGAGACAUUCUACAGGUCUUGUGGGUGUCGGAUCAAACGAUCAACUUAACAUGCCAGGCUUUGGUGCUUCGGAACUUCAAGGCAAAAUAUUGCCUUGUUUCAGCGUGAAGGAUGAUGGUCUCAUGCGAAUCACUGCUGAGACACUCUUGAAAGUUUUGAACGGUGACUAUGAUCAACAAAUGGAUGGAUUCCAGGUUAUCGAUUGCCGAUUCGGAUACGAAUUUGAAGGUGGCCAUAUUGAAGGUGCAAUCAACCUAAGCACGAUGGACAAAGUCAAGAAACAUUUCUUGCAACCAGAAUUGGGAUCUUCCACAGAUGAAAAUUGUCCAUCUUCAUCGAAGAGAUGCCUUCCUCCUCGUAGUCAGAGUGGAAAAGCUGAUGUUCAUGGCAAUAAGCGGAAAAAGGUGCUGAUCUUCCAUUGCGAAUUCAGUCUGAAGCGUGGACCUUCUUCUGCACUUGCAUUACGUCAAGCUGAUCGUGCUUUGGCUCAUGAUUAUCCCAAUUGCCACUUCCCUGAAGUUUACGUAUUGCAAGGUGGCUAUUCUGGUUUCUUUACGAGAUAUAGUGGAAAGGCAUGUAAGCCAAAUGCCUAUAUCCCGAUGGACGAUCCUCAAUUCCAGCAACAUCGCUCCAUCGAAUUGAAUGGCUUCCGGAAGCAAUUUUCCAGACAUCGCAGUUUCACUUAUGGAGAUGCACGACAAGUGAACAGUGACUCAAACUUGGUGAUGCCACCACCUCAACAACCGAACCAGAGAGGAGCACAUCAAAAAGUCAUGACGAGCAAUAUGAUCAAAGAAGAAGACUCCUCCUUUGAUCAAUCGGGAGGCAGCCCUUCUGCACUACAGGCAAGCGCCUUGAUGGCAAGGAGAAAAGGACUAAUGCGACAUGCAACUGCAUCAUGUGCAUUAGGAUCAGCACCAAAUAUGAUCACCACUUCAAGGAUUGAGAGUUCUUCGACAACCUCUUCAUCGUCUUUGGGCGUUAAGCCCGUCUUGACAAAUCGAAUGCGGAGCGUGCAAGAAGGAGGCAAAGAAAAGCCUGCGCCUACUUGCGUUGGAGAUUUGAGUUUCGAUGACAGUUGCUCAAUCGGUGAUGAUUCUACCACAUCUUUUGACGGUGAAAAUGGAAUCAAUGAUAGUCCAUGUGCAGCAGCAACUGCAAGUAGUCAUUCACGCAGACUACCUGCUCUUGCUCCCGGUCCACGUCCACCGAUGAUGUCUUCCUUCUCAACAUCUGCAGCAAGAAUGCCUCAAUUCCGUGCACCCAGAAGAACUGCUUCUUCCAACUCUUUCGUCCCUGCCAUGUCUCCAAUGGAAAGGUAAUAUCAUCUUUCCUCUCUAUUUUAUUGUAAUGCAUCUCUCAACAGCACAUUUUUCGUCUUCUUUCUACAUUUUUAUCAUACCAGUUGAAACACAUUUGGACAUUUUAUCGCUUGCACUAUUGCAACACUACAAUUUAUACCAAAAGGAC